AGGGAGCAACUGCAACAAUGAAAGGCUGUGUUCUCCUCACCGUUGUAUGGUUUAUCUUCUGUAUAGAGGCAGGUAAGUGGCAACCUUUUCUCUGAAAGAUGGUUAAAUACCAGUUAUGUGGGUGGGAUAAACCCAUUGUAUUUCUGGGUUCCUUUCCUUCUCUUUAGAAGGACUGAAUUUGUCAACUAUGCAUUUCAAUUAUUAAUCCAUGAGCUAUGAACGGCAGUUGUGGUGAUUUGCAAUGAAAUCCAAUUUCUUUCUUCUUUUUUCAGUUAACUGUAAACCUCUGCAGCUUUAGGCCAGAACUUUGCCUUUUAAGUAACUAGCUAAGCAAUCCAAAAGGGUUGUACUUCUGACUAUAUGGAAAUACCCCACCUCAACCCCAGUAGAAUAAUAAUUUAUAAUAAUAAUAAUAAUAAUAAUAAUAAUAAUAAUAAUAUUAUACUCACUCAUCUGGCUGGGUUUCCCCAGCCACUCUGGGCAGGUUCCAUCAAAAUAAUAAAAUACAAUAGUCUGUCAAACAUUAAAAGCUUCCCUAAACAGGGUUGCCUUCAUAUGUCUUCUAAAAGUCUGGUAGUUGGUUUUCUCUUUGACAUCUGGUGGGAGGGUGUUCUACAGGGCAGAUGCCACUACCAAGAAGGCCCUCUGCAUGGUUCCCUGUAACUUGGCUUCUCGCAGCGAGGGAACUGCCAGAAGGCCCUCGGCGCUAGACCUCAGCGUCCGGGAAGAACGUUGGGGGUGGAGACGCUCCUUCAGGUAUACUGGACCGAGGCCGUUUAGGGCUUUAAAGGUCAGCACCAACACUUUGAAUUGUGCCCGGAAACGUACUGGGAGCCAAUGUAUGUCUUUCAAGACCAGUGUUAUGUGGUCUUGGAGGCCAAUCCCAGUCACCAGUCUAGCUGCCGCAUUCUGGAUUAGGUGUAGUUUCAGGGUCACCUUCAAAAGUAGCCCCACAUAGAGCGCAUUGCAGUAGUUCAAGCAGGAGAUAACCAGAGCAUGCACCACUCUGGCAAGACAGUCCGCAGGCAGAUAGGGUCUCAGUCUGCGUACCAGAUGGAGCUGGUAAACAGCUGCCCUGGACACAGAAUUGACCUGCGCCUCCAUGGACAGCUGCGAGUCCAGAAUGACUCCCAGGCUGCGCACCUGGUCCUUCAGAACCAGGGAGUCCUCCACACCUGCCCGCCUCCUGCUCCCCCAAAACAGUACUUCUGUUUUGUCAGGAUUCAACCUCAAUCUGUUAGCUGCCAAACAUCCUCCAACCGCCUCCAGACACUCACACAGGACCUUCACCGCCUUCACUGGUUCUGAUUUGAAAGAGAGGUAGAGCUGGGUGUCAGCCGCAUACUGAAUUUCUACCCCUGGCUAAACCAGGUGAGGGUAGCCAAUGGUUCUCAAACCUUUGGUGAAUUAGGGACUUUCCCUGCAAGCAAAGAUAGGCUCUUGCAAAUUGUGGGUCCAAUGGUCAGGAAGGUGUUUUCUGCACAUGAUGUAGAGGGAAGUGAGGGGCAGAUGGGGUUGUCAGACAGGGAGGGUAGCCCAUCUAGGAGAAGGAAAACUCUGAUCCUAAACCUCCACUGCCUUAUGUGAUAUCUUCAGAAGAAGAAAAAGCUAAGGAGUGAACCCUACACAAAUCCAGAGUGGAGUCCCUAAGACGGUUGGAUAGAGCCUUGUAUGCCUCCUUCUGGCAACUCCUGCAGCUAAGCUGGUGCCAAACGUAUUGCUCUGCUUGUCUUUGGGCUACAUCUGCGAAGCCAAGAGGGGGUCUUGUCGUCUGGGCAGCCCAGGACCUCUAUAUACAUGCCCAGGCUUCUGCUCUGGGGAGGUCACUUCAGUGCUGCUAAUGCAGAGGUGUGACUUCACCACAGGUGGUACAUUGCAAUGUCUCUCGAGACAGAAGGAAAUGAACAAUAUGUAUAUAGGCUCCAGUUGUAGCUGCAUGCCAACUAGUAACCGCAUAUGUGACCCCAAGUGACCCCAGAUGGUACUGUGCAUUGUUAUCUGGAUUAAAAAGCUACAUGCAGUCAGACCUGGAAAAUCAUCAGAAUGCAGAUAGGGAUGAGAAUUUUCACCUGUGGCAGUGAUGCAUGCAAUAGCCUCCUUCUAGGGGUAAAUCUCCUUUGCUGGAACAGGUUAACAGUUUACAACAGACACUUCACAUCCAAGUUAUGUAACAGAACUACUAUACUGUGAAGGAAGCUUUAUCUUUUCAUCCAGUUUGAAAUUCGGCUUCUCAGGUAUUUACAUUGUCCAAAUUUACUUGACAAUAAUAAUGAUGUCAGCUGUUGUGAGUUUCAGUUUUAGAGUUGUAAUUUGCAUGACGAAAAAGAGAGAAACAUUUGUGUAAAAAGGUAAACAAAUUUCAUGACUAUUGACGGUGUUAUUUUGCUUCUCCUCCAUGUCCUGUCACACUGAGUUGUGAAAAACCUCACAAGGCUGAUUUAUAAGACUGCAGAGAACUAUGCACCUUUCUCUCCAGUCUUUUGUAUUUUGAUAAUAAGUGGAUAAUUGUUGUAAGCCACUUUGGGGAGAGCUAACUGUGGAAAGGUGGUUAAACUAAACUAACUUAGUGUCAGUCCAGUAAAAAUGGCCCAUAAGUAAAGACACAGUGGUUCUCAAAGGGUGUGGUGUGCCAUAAUAUGGUAUGGUAUUAGAAUAAUUUGGGGGGGAUAUACAACCAGAAACAGUAUCCACACCUUUCUUCAAGAGCAUUUCCUAUUCUUCUACAGUUAAGGGCUCCAGGAAGCAGAACAACUGGCAUACGAAGAGACAUUGAUUAAAUCCGAGCCAGGUGAAAGUAGGAGAGUUUACAUUAUCCAAAGGUCCCACGGUAAUUUUAAGCAGGUGAUGCCUGUGUCAAUAGAGAUGUUUGGUGGGAUUCUGCCUUGGGCCUGUGCAGCCUGGCUUCUUCUUAGCUUUCCUCUGCUAGGAAAACUAGAACCUUUGGAAGCAAAGUGCACUAAGGAAACACUCAUAAAUUGGCAAGGGAUCUUUGUUCUCCUGGCAACGUUAUAUAAUAAGCACUUGCGAAAUAAAGGUGAAGUCCGCUUCUCCAGACAGUUGCUGAAAGUUAUUCUUAGCCACUGAAGUCACAUGUGUCUCAAUAGAUAAUACAGGGUCCAGGACAAGGAAUACACCCAACUGUAUACCUGAAUCUUCAUGAGAAGUGUAAAUCAGCUAACAGGGACCAUGGCAGAAAAUUCCCAUUUUCGGGUCACUGCCCUGGGAUAUUCUGUAGACUGCAGUGCCAUGAGUUAAAUUUCUCCAGAUGAUCUAAGUGAUCUUAUAGGUCUAUACAGGAGCAGGCAAACUUUCAGACAAGUUGAUCCUGAGUUGUUCAGGGCUUUAUAUGUUACUAAAAAUACAUUGAAUGUAGCCCAGCAACCUUGUUUUAUGAUAAGAGACACCAUUCAUUUCCUUAACAGGAGUAACAGGAAAUACAGUUAGAAUGUUUACAUCAUCCUUGUGUGCCAAUAUCAGAUUAGGAGAUCUCAGUUUGUUUCUAGUUAUAAACAGGUAUUGUGUGUUUAUUAGUCAUUCUUCUUAAUAUGAGUAUAAUAUAAUUAGGUGUGGUCUUGCAGAGUCUCUUAACUAUAUAGGGAAUAAAGUCAGGGCACACUGAGAAAAAUGAGUCUUUUUUAAUAAUAAUAAAUAUUGGAAGGAGUCUGGUUUUAAUUGCCCCUUUGAUAAAAUGCGUCACAGUUCACUUGCAAGUCAGACUACUGGUCCACUCAGCUGAGUAUUGUCUAUAGCAGUGGCUCUCCAGGGUUUCAGAAAAGAUCCAAUCAGAUGCACCGCACAAAUGUGAUCUUUGAUCAGCUUUGCUACUUGAUUCUGAGGUGUCAGUUGUGGGUGAGAUAACAUCUGAUCAGUUCCAACUAAUGUCAUAGUGACACUCUUUUCUCCAGGAUACAGAACUUUCUACCAUUAUUCAUUCUUUCAUAGCCUUCCAUUUUGAUUACUGAAAUUUACUACUCUUUGUGGAACUGUUCUGAUUUGUAACCUGCAUCUUGUGCAGAAUUCUUAAGUCCAACUUUUAUUGGAGGCAGCCUCAGAGCGCGUACAACUCCUUUCCUUACCAAGGGUGUCUGUACUGAUGCUGAAUUUUAUACUGAAUCACUGCUGAAAGAACACACUUUACCCUGGAUAAAAUCACACUGAGAGUUUUGAGUUUAGGAAAAUAACAUUACAGGAUAGUAUAUUCAUUAUACUUGAUAGGAAAGUUCUUUCUAGCUAAGAUGGAAAUAUACAAGGAGCCAUGUUUGCUCUUUGUUCUCAGCAGGAGGGCACACAAAAGAUCGCUCCUUUAACAAGCUAAGAAUUAAGAAGGAGGAAGUAGGAAAUGAGCUGCCUAGCACCUGAGAUCAGCACAAGGACAGUCUAGGAAAAUUGGAGGUUCUUCUCUAUCUAGCCUCUUCAUGCAGGUAUAUUAGCCUAUAGUGCAAGCUGAGUUGCACCCCAACAUUUUCAACAGCCUGCUGAAUGGCUUCCAGGACUAGUUCAACAGGGUGGUUUUAUCCUCCAAAGCCGCAACGGUCCUGGGCUCCACAUAGCUCGAGGAAGGCCACAUAUUUGCUUCAUCUCCUGUGGUACAGUUGGGCAGGCUGUACUUUAGGUCCCAUCCUUCUAAACAGGGGGGUUCAACAUGUGGCCCAAGGGCUGCAUGUGGCCCUUGAAGUCUUUUUAGUGGCCCUCAGCCACUGUGAUUUGGGAAGGAGGCAUGAGGGCUCUGGCAGGGUCCUAGGGUCCUCCCACCUCCUUCUCAAGGCCUAGUUCGUGCUUUCCCAACUUUAAGAAGCAGGUGAGAGGGCUCUAGGACCUGCCAGAGCCUCACACCUCCUUCCCCAAACCCAGCGCCUCGUUUACCUGUUUGGAAAGGCAGCACAAGGGCUGGGAGGGGCAUGUCAAAUUUUGGCCUUGUUCUCCCCCUUGCACGACAAGGCAGUGUGUGGCUUGGGGGUUCCGUAUCUAAGUACACCUGUGGCGCACUUAGUAUGAAAAGUUGGGCCAACCUGUUCUAAUAGACUAGGUAGAGUAGCUGCUUUGCAUGUAUCUCUAGGUGGGGCUAGGAAAAUGCUGUUGCCAGUUAGCAUAGAAUAGACAAUAUUGAGCUAGAUGCACUAGUGGUCUGAUUCAGUAUAUGCUUCCUAUGUUACUGUGUUUUUGUACAUCUGUCCUGGGCAUGAAAUUUUGAAAUAUAAUUUGUAAUUGAGUUCUAUUUGUUCUCUACAUUUUCAAAUAUUUGGGUGUGUGUGUUUUUAAUUAUUUGAUAAGUGUUUUGCAGUUUGUCUAUUUUAGACUGCUCCACAGUCUUUUUUUUUAAUCAUUAUUUUGGAGUGAAAUAUUUUAUAAAUACAUUUUAAUUGAAGUACGGUCUGGCUCUUACACAUGACAAGGCCUCAGGCUCACUUACCCUCCAGUAUUGCACGCAGAGCCUUCAGUGAGAACUGUGGCCGAUGUGCAUAUAUAUGUACAUGAGUAGACCCCACUCUGACAACCUGUCCACUCCUUUCCCUUAGCAUAUGUAUCACAUGGAACCAGGGCCUCUUCGUACAGGUGUUUACAGUACAGGUGCUGCCUGUGUGGUGGAAGUCAUGCAGGCUUAAGGUCCACUCCCAGAUCCCACUAGAGACAAUAUGUAUGGCCUAAACACUGGACCACAACUGUGAACCAAAACUCCACUAUGGCCCAAACAAAUGACGCUACAUUAAUUAUUCUAAAUUUGAAUAAGUGUACUUGCUUAUGACACUAGUUCUGUUACUCUUUCUGUGAGUAAUUGCUAUUUGUUGUUUAGAUAGAUAGAUAGAUUAGACGCACAGAGAUGUGGUGCUUUUCUCCCCUUUAUUUGUUUUACCUUCAGGAGCAGCAAAUACCAGAGCAUCCACAGAAACACCUAGUGCCUCCAUGCCCACAGAAGCAUCGAGUGUCUCCAUGCCCACAGAAGCAUCGAGUGUCUCCAUGCCCACAGAAGCAUCGAGUGUCUCCAUGCCCACAGAAGCAUCGAGUGUCUCCAUGCCCACAGAAGCAUCGAGUGUCUCCAUGCCCACAGAAGCACCGAGUGUCUCCAUGCCCACAGAAGCAUCGAGUGUCUCCAUGCCCACAGAAGCAUCGAGUGUCUCCAUGCCCAGAGAAGCAUCUAGUGUCUCCAUGCCCACAGAAGCAUCGAGUGUCUCCAUGCCCACAGAAGCCUCUAGUGUCUCCAUGCCCACAGAAAUAUCAAGUGUCUCCAUGCUCACAAACUCAGCGGAUGCUCCAACUUCCGCAACUGCAACUGCAGGAAUAGUAACUACACCAGGUAAUCAUUACACAACUGCUUCCUGGCUUUUUUUGUUCAAAAUAACCAGACACUAACUAAAUUGCAAAGCAUAUUGUAUAACAAGAUUGUCUGCUUUCGCGACAGAAUAUUUCCCCCUCUUCUUCCCGCGCCCAGGCAGUGUCAGGAGGUCCUACACAUGAGUAGGAGUCUGGCAGAGACACAUGCCUGACUGACAUGUUCUCUCCCUCCUGGUUGUUCGUUCAGGAGAUUCAAAAUCUUUCUCCAGCCCGAACAUCACAGCGACUGCUACCUUAGAGGCAUCAGCACACUUCAGGAUCAGCAGAGUAUAGGCAGUCAGCGUACAGACUCAGUAGCGCAGCAUUUUGGCUAAACUACCUUUAUUUACAUAUACACACUCGGAGCAUCAUAACUCAGUUCCUUCCUCUUCAGUAUCAGACAGCAAAGAGAAAGAACAAAGGACAAAUGUCCUACAUCACGGAAACACAGUAAUCCAAACAUCCUGUCUCCAUCACUUCCCACAAUGUGGAAUGAAAACAUACACCAUCAUGUGAUAUAAACAAUCCCAUGACUGCAACACUGGAAAAGAAUCCUAACAGACACAUCCCCUAAAUCUGCUUGGGGUGUGUGUGUCAUACAACUCUUUGGAGAAGAUAUGAGGGUGGUGACAGGUAUGUACAGCGGAGGAGAGAGGAGGAAGCCCCAUUGUGCGCUCUUAAUGGAUCUGGUGGGCUUUAUAAGUUCUACUAAUGUAUAAUCUAUAAGGAGGGGUGGAAAUCCUUGUUCUCAUUAUGGUUUUCAUUUUAGGACCCCCUACUUGUGCUGACCAACCAUGUGAAUACGCUGCUGUAUGUAUUGAUCUGUUCCAAAGCUUUUCAUGCCAAUGUCCUUAUGGAUUUUAUUAUAUGAACACAUCAGGUUGCCAGCAAGGUGAGUUAUGCAUUUAUUUAUCUCUUGUGUGGCUCUGUUCAAAUGAAUAGAAAUGCUUCUGUUACGAUGCUUCUGUUUUAGUGAAUGCUGAACAUGUCUGAAGAAAAUACUAAUAUGCAUCCAUUCACCAAUGCCUAGCAUUCUCUCUCUUUGUUAACACAAAUCCUAGAAUCAUGAUUUUUUUCCCUGCUUCUUGUCUAACCCAGGACGAUAUAUCCUUUUCAAAACAAGCAUACAUUGACAAAUUGCAAGUCUAGCAUUUUGAUUUUCCAGACGUUAUAUGACUAAUAUAAGAUCCAUUGUAAUUUUAGGCAAAGUAUUUCCAGGAGAAUUCAUUCUGAUGCAACCAUAUGAUCAAGCUAUGGAAAAUAUUCAUUCUGAAGUUUAUGCAGCUUUGUACCACAAUGUCACCAACAUUGUAAGUUUCUUUCAUUGUAUAUCCUCUUUGUUAUAAACUAAUGCUCUACAUCUUUUUCUUUUAAAGACAUAGGUGCAUAUAGAUAUUUCUUGCUAUUCAUAGAUAUAUCAGAGUGAGUAUGAUUAAACUGCAUAGAGAAAAAUUUCACUGAGGGUGCUUUUUGACAUACACAUUAUAACCAGAGUUUGUCUGCUUGUGCAGAUACUACUUUUAUUUAAACUGACAUUUUCUCCUAUAGUUGAGAAACAAGUUUGUGUAAUGCAAGCUUACUUAAUACCCAGAAAAUGCCACUUAAUAAUUGUAUUAAAAUGAUACUCUUGUCUACAGCCUUGUGAUAUAUCUCGGCUAUUUCCAUGCAUAAAAAAACUCCUUCGAAUUGCCUUCAAAUUUGAGGGCCAGUUUGUACCCAAUCAAACCUAGUGGUUGUAAGAAAAGACUGAUUGGAAGUGGUUAUGAAGUUCUAGAAAAUAAAGGAAAAGAAGAAGGCCAAGGUCAGGACCCACAAUUCCUUUUAAAGAGCCUGUUGCCCCUUCUCAAGAUCUCUCUGGGCCAUGCCAAAGAAGGAAGCCCUGGGAACACUUGAUCCCUCUCCUGGCCAUGGCAGAGACUGCACUGCCCCACAAGCCAGCUCCCCCUUUGUUUAUUCACUUGGCGAUUUACUUGAUUGGAAGAGGUGAUGGAAGUUCUGAAAUGGUGCAAACCUCACCAUCAAUUUAUACAAGACACCACUGAACAUAAAUAGGGGAGGAAACUAAUCCAAUGGGCAGUUCAGAUACGUGUGUAAAUAUCAGUUUUAUUUUUGCACAUGCAUUCUGCUGAAAUUUUUUGAUCAUUUAAAACCUGUGUGUGCUUCCAGAGCAGCAGUUCCAAAACUCUUUUCUCUUGAUGCACCACUUGUGAGUUGCACGUUGUACAAAUUGUAAUGCACUGUGUUAGAUCCUGUAUGAUUUUAAAUAGUGUUUCCUUGCUUCUUUUAUGGUAUUGCAUUGUCAUUUACAUUCCAUGGAAUUCAAACUCUAAUACAAUAAAACACAAUAUAAGAAAUAAAAGAAGCAAUACAAAUAAAAGAAACAAUAUGACAUAAUUUAAAAUCAGUAUAUGAGUACAUCUGAAUGAAGCUGAAUGGUGGUCCGUUUCUAGAGCUAUCAUCAUAACAUCUAGGAGUUACUCAGCAACUCAGUUUGCAUUAAGCAAAACCAUGGUCAAGCAGGGUUUGUUGUUACAUGCAAAUGAAGUUUAUUCCCAGUUUUCUUCCUACCUUGUACAUCACAUCUGAAAAUAAAUUUGUAAUAUGGAGGCAAGAGUGGAAAUGAAAGAGUACUGCCUUGGGAAACAUGUACAGUGGUACCUCAGGUUAAGUACUUAAUUCGUUCCGGAGGUCCGUACUUAACCUGAAACUGUUCUUAACCUGAAGCACCACUUUAGCUAAUGGGGCCUUCUGCUGCUGCGCCGCCGCUGGAGCACAAUUUCUGUUCUCAUCCUGAAGCAAAGUUCUUAACCUGAAGCACUAUUUCUGGGUUAGCGGAGUGUUUAACCUGAAGUGUAUGUAACCUGAAACGUAUGUAACCUGAGGUACCACUGUAGAAGAAUGGGUAAGGGGAUUGAAGACAUAAAUAUAUAUUCAACUACUUAGAGCGCCACACAAGUGAGCUCUGUAAAUGUUUUGUCUUUGCUUGCAAUGUGUCAGUUGCCAUCUUGUAAGAAGUGGUUUGCUAGCUAGGGUAGAGCCUCUACGCUACCUUCCUGGUAGUUGUUUACUGCAAGCAGUAGUACAGUGGUACCUCAGGUUACAUACGCUUCAGGUUACAUACGCUUCAGGUUACAGACUCCACUAACCCAGAAAUAGUGCUUCAGGUUAAGAAGUUUGCUUCAGGAUGAGAACAGAAAUCGUGCUCCGGCGGCGCGGCAGCAGCAGCAGGAGGCCCCAUUAGCUAAAGUGGUGCUUCAGGUUAAGAACAAUUUCAGGUUAAGAACGGACCUCCAGAAUGAAUUAAGUACUUAUCCCGAGGUACCACUGUAUAGUGUUCUCGGGCUGCAGGGGGUUGAAGACCCAUCGGUUGUUGUGUAGCAGGCUCCCUGCCUCCAGCACCCUAGAGGUGCCCAAGCAGCAUGAAAGAGGAACUUUUAGGCUACUGUUGGUUCCAAAAACUAAGCAUUCAAGAGCACUUAAAACACAAGGUGCUUCUGCUUCAAGAGAGUGGUGUACAAGUUCUAAAUAAAACCUACUGUCAAAAAAAUUUAAAACUUAGAUCAAAACACCAGAUUACAGAAACACUCAAACAAUGUUCAGAGUCCAAAUGCCUUCUAAAAUAAAAACCAUUUUAACCUGAAACUUUGCAGGGACUGUGCCUGCGUGAUUUCUAAUGAGAGGGGUUCCAUAGAGUUGUGUCUACUGCAUUGGAGGCAUGACUCAUUACUGACACGACUCACAAGUUGUACUUCUGGUCCAUGGGAGACCUCUAAGAAAUAGGGGACUGGAAGGGGUACAUGGGCUACUGCUUUGGGAUUCAGUUUUGCACUUGUCAUUUCCCCCCCAUCUGUUUUUCUAUGUUUUCUGCCUCCUUUAAACUGAUCCUUAUUUUUAUUCAUGUUUUACAGUUCAGUGAAAUAUUUAAAGAUGAGAAAAGUUACCAGGAAACAAUCAUUAUAAGCAUAAAGUAAGUAUGGCAAGUUUAAUAUCUACAGAGCCAGUAGGGCCUUCAACAAAAUGUUGCAGUGUAGAAUGUUCCUAGUUAGGAUUCCAGCUCAUGCCCUUUUCAAGGAUAUGCCUUUCUGUCCCGUCCCAUCCCGUCCCCGGGUUUUCUGGUUUUCUACCUCUGACUGUCAGCCAGCAUUUUGAGGCCAGUAAACAUACUCAGUCUUCAUCAGACUCUCCACCGCCCUGCAAUUAGGGUUCUUUUUCUAAACAUUUUUUUUUGCACUUUUGCAAAUCUUGGGAGUUUCCCCUAUCCUGCAGAUACCUCCCUCUUGGGCUUGGAUGGUGCCAUCAUUUUGGCUACAUAAGGAGCCACACUUGGAAGAAUCAAGUUUGCUAGUACUCUAGAGCAGUGGUUCCCAAUUAGCUAAUUACUGAGGACCCUUGUUUUUCAAAAGCCAAGCCACCAACUCUCUACCAACUCUAUCAAAAUUUGAAAAUUUUGAUAACUCUAUGGUAGUUACCUGGGCAAAGCAAUUUUUUGAACAAAAUGUGGGGUAGCCCCUCAUAAGGCAUCAUCUAAUGAAUAAUAUGUUAGGUCACUUAGCUGGUGUCUACAAUAGUGUUUGGGUGGACCAAGCGCAUAAGGUACCCAUAUAUAUACUUUGACUGUAUGUGUGUGUGUGUGUGUGUGUGUGUGUACACACACAGAGUAUAUUGCUAACAUAUCUCUAAAAUAUGUAUGUGUAUACAUUUCAGACGAUCUACACAAGCAUCGAAAAGGCUGAGUAAGGCUGAAGCCGCAAGCAACGUCAACAUUACAUUAAUCAAUUUGUUUGAUAUAAACACAAAAGUAACACCUCAAGUAUGGAUGGAGAAGGUUAAUAGUUCGAGUGCCAUCAAGUUUGAUCGGAGUAAGUACCAUACUCUUUUCAGAAUCCUUACAUGAUCCUAAAGGUAAAGGGACCCCUGACCAUUAGGUCCAGUCGUGACCGACUCUGGGGUUGCGGCGCUCAUCUCGCUUUAUUGGCUGAGGGAGCCAGCGUACAGCUUCCGGGUCAUGUGGCCAGCAUGACUAAGCCGCUUCUGGCGAACCAGAGCAGCGCACGGAAAUGCUGUUUACCUUCCCGCUGGAGCGGUACCUUUUUAUCUACUUGCACCUUGACGUGCUUUUGAGCUGCUAGGUUGGCAGGAGCAGGGACUGAGCAACGGGAGCUCACCCCGUCGCGGGGAUUCGAACCGCCGACCUUCUGAUCGGCAAGCCCUAGGCUCUGUGAUUUAACCCACAGCACCACCCGCGUCCCAUGAUCCUACACCAGUGUUAUUACUAAGUAGUCUAUAGAGAAAUCCCUAUCCCCAAAGUGCUCCUUCUGCUGAAUUGAAUGCUCUCGUUCCUCCUUCCUCUUGAGACCAAAGUCCCAUUCUUCCAAGUAGUAGAUACCUAUUACUUUAAUUGCUGAGAUGAACUGCGACCAGUCAAUCAAGUCCAGCCUAGCAGAGAUAGGUGAAUUUAAUUCUUCCACCUCUUAGGGAGGACAUUAAAAAGCAAUAGCACUGAGUACAUUUCCUGCCUAUAUAUAUAUAUAUAUAUAUUCCAACCCCAAGUUCUUCCUGUUGGUUGGGAUAAAGUAAUUGUACUGUUUCUGACAGUUACACAAUUAUACUGCUGCUGCUCCCUAUAGAUAAGUUUUUGCACCCCAGAACCCCAGUUGCUGCUGUUCUAUAAUUCCCAAUAGUAUGCCAAUGCUGUUCUCAAGCCAAGACUUUCUGUGACAGAACCUGUUUGCUGUCUAAAUUAUUACUAUGUUAAUAGAAGUUUUUAGUGGGUGUGUAUGUGAGAUCUUACACAAAAUCUCCUGCUGCUCUCAGUUGUACCAGAAAGUUUCAAUCUUAAUCUGAGAGUUAAGUAUCUUUCCUAUAUUUCACCCUUAAAGCAGUAUAUUGUUAGAUGUUUUACCUGAGGUUUGGAGGACAAAUAAUUAACAUAGUGACAGGCCAAGGAACAGUAAACAGGAUGAAGGCAUCUACUGGAACAAUGUAUUUGACACACUGGUGUGUUGUCAGACCUUGCUAGCUCCAAGAUAGGGUACACACGGGGCCCUGAUGAGACGCAGGUACAUGGUCAGAAAAGCAAUCAAAAUGGCCACAUCUGUGCCAGACGGCAGGCACUGAAUCAGAUGGAUGAGGAUCAAAGAGCCAGAGGCAAAUGCGAGGUCACAGCCAGGAGAGUAGACAGACUACUGUCUACAAGUUGCUCAGGCAGAUAAACUGAUAAACUGGCUUGGCAGCCAAUGGUUUAUUCCAGUUUGCUUGACAAGUGAAGCUCAAAGGGUACUCUUUUCCAAAAUACAGCCUAUCUUGCUUGCUGCCCUAGAGCACAGAAAUAUUGGAGACUAAUUGCUAGUGACCAAAGUUUGAAGCUCCCUGCUUGCUGCUUUACAUUCAUGCAGAUGCUGUGUACAUGAGCUCUAGAGGCUCUGCCCCACCACAACUGUAGGCAGUAGCAGUCAACAGGACAGCACUGCUCACCGGGCAGCCUAACACUGAGUGUCACUGAUAGUUCCUGAGACGGGAAGAUAGUGAGGAUAUUAGGAAGCCAAGUGAGCAAUGCCACUCCACCCCACCCCACCCCGACCACCAACCGCUACUGAUUGAAGACACAUGUGCCAGCUGCCCUUGUUAAUUGCUUCCUUCUUUGAAAGAAUCUGCUGUUAAGUUGUGCUUAACAUAUAGAAAUAACUGUUGCUGAAAGUGAUGUUGCUCUCUCUGCUGUUGCACUCCGUAUUAGAUCUAUCACAGUGUGCUGUUUACGGCUGUGAUGGAAAAACUACGAUAUGCAGCGACACAAACAGUGAUUCUCAUCCUACCUGUGAAUGUCGUCCAAGUCUUGCCAAGAUGAACCCUGAGGACAAAGCUUGUUUACGUAAGGCCUUAUCACAGAUGUGUGCGCUUUCUUUCUCACCCUUCUCAUCUCUGCUUUCAGCCGUCAUUCGGCUCCUUCAGACUACCUAUUUAUUGAGCAUUCAUCCCGAAUUGCACCCACCCUGAAUAUUUUAUCCCAUAGCAUUUCUCUUACUUUCCCCAUUCCCUUCCUUUAUGUCUGGGGUUUAUAGCUGAAUUUACAAAGCUGUUUAUUUCGUCUUCCCAAUUUCGCCCUACAUAUUCAUUUCCAGUGGAGUAUAGCAGAAAUUGAGCUUUCCUUUCCUUGUCAUUUGCUUCCAGGAAAAAAAAAAGUUAGCAUCCCCUUAACCUAGAAAUGUUUUGCACUGUGAUUUCCCCGCCACAUAUUUUGUGUUUGUGCAGCAAGUACUUUUGACUUCCAUUGGUACGGUACAAUGCUAUAUUUGACUCUCUCUCAUUUUCCACUUUCAUUGCAGUUUGUAAGUCCACUGAGUGCUCUCCAGAAAAGAAUCAACACUGUAUUAUGACAGAGGAAAAUGUUCCAGAGUGUCGGUGCCAGUCUGGUUUCCAAAAAGAGGGUGACAAAUGUCAGGAGUAAGUAAGAGGCAAAUGGAAGAGGGGGUAUUUUACUGUGCUUUUCCCUGGCCUUUCCCAAAGCAGGAGUGGAAAAUCUCAGGCCCACAGACCAAAUGCAGCUGUUUAGGUCUUUCUGUCUGACCCUCGGGAAUCUGCCCAGGCCAUACCUGUCCCCAAAGAACAUCUCUUGCUCCUCCCACUUUUUGCUUCUGGCUCUGCCUGCCACUGGCAUGUGGGAUGAAGCCUUUGAACUGGAAAUGAUUCUCUACUCCUGCUCUCAGUGCUUUGAUGUUUUGCUACAGGGAGGAUAAAGAUGUGAAGGCAUGGGGAGGUGCUGAGGACCCCCCCCCCAUUUUUCCAUUCCCCACAAUUUGUUACUGAAAGAAAAAAAAUGGGGGGCACAGAAAAUUGGAGGGGGGUUAAUUAGAGUGGCAGUGGCCUCUUGAGGCUGUGAUGGCCAGAAAAGGUCAUUUGGGCUAUAGAAAGACAAGUGUGUCAAUCCCUCUGUUCUAUUUCUUCUUGGUAGUUACUAUCACCAUAUGGACAAUCCCCAUAUAGUUUGGAUGUCAUGUGCAGUAGUCACUUUGUGUAACUUUUUCUUUGUUUUUAGGUGUGCUUUUGGCUACUCUGGGGAAGACUGUAAAGAAGGUAAGCAUGAAUUUGGGGUGGUUUUUAUAUAAAGCCUAGAACCAUUAUAGGCAAGUUGAGCAGAGUCCAUAGUAACAGAUUUAGGACAAUGAAUUCACAGCGAUAAAUAUACCUUUAAUUUAAUUUAGUUUGUGUUUAAAGGCAAACUUCCUGAAUUUGCAUGUUUCAAAACAAUACGUGAACUGAAACACAGCUAUCCUUCAAAAUUCACACUUCUCCAAAUUUUGCAGUGAUGUUUUUCAGCUUAGUAAUGUGUACAAUAACACAUGCAUUAGCGUAAAUUUUACAUAUAAAUGCCUAUAUUAGAGAAAAUAACAUACAAAUAUGCAUUAUAUUGAGGGAAAUAGCUUGCAAAAAUGUGUAUAUUGGUCAAAACUACAUACAAAAUCCUGUUCAUUAGGAUAAUUUUACACUAAAAUGCCCAAUAAUUUUCAUAAUUAGAUUUUUGAAAUCCCACACAAAUUUCUGGAAAUAUGUGGAGAACGGAAUUUAAGAUUGGAAAAAUGAGAACCUGAGAGAACUGAAAGUUGACAGAUUUGUCCAUUCCUACUUCUGAAUAGCUGAAUGUUUUCAUCUUAUAAAACAUGUUAUGUAUAUAUUGCAAGAGGGUCAUGUGUGCAAUUAGAUAAAAUAAACAACUAUCUGACUCUUAGAAGACUUCUGAAGGCAGCCCUGUUCAGGGAAGUUUUUAUGUUUGAUGUCAUAUUGUGUUUUAAUUUGUUGGAAGCUGCCCAGAAUGACUGGGGUAACCCAGUCAGACGGGUGGCAUAUAAAUAACAAAUUAUCAUCAUCAUCAUUCUCUUUUCAGUUUACCUGGCAGCCCUCGUAGGAGUAUCUGUUGCGUGUGGAGUUGUUAUUAUAGUCUUAAUUGGAGUGCUCAUCUACAAAGUAAUCAGGUACAAAUGACGGCUCUUUGAGUUGUCUGAAUAUGCAUAACGGUAAAGUUUAUAACACUGGGUGGCCAUUUGAGUCGAACUUAAGGUUACCAGACGUCCCCGCUUCCUGGGGACAGUCCCCGGAUUUACAAAUCAGUCCCCAUACAAAAUCCAUUGAAGUUGAAAAGUGUCCCAGGAUUCAUUGAAAAAAAUCUGGUAACUUUAAUCUAACUUCCCCUAUUGAAUUUGUAUUAAAAUGCUGUAAGAGAACAACUUGGGCUUCCUGAUGGACACAGGCCUACUGUAUCCCCAGUAGCAGCGGUCGCCAAAAAUAUUCAUUUAUCAUCUCAAACUGAUACAAUCAGAUGCACCCUGCCUGGCCAUUGUUUUGCGUGGCAGCACUAUUUGUGAUUAUUCAUUAUCACUCAUUUCAGGGAAGUGUCCAAUUUGCAUUUUGGGGAAUACAGGAAGGCUAAUCAGGGUAUGGAAAAGACCAAGAUGUGUUCAUCUUUUCCUUCCUUCCUUCCUAGAAGAAAUAAAGACCCUUCACUUGAAAGAAGGAGCUUGCUACAAAAUGAUUAUUCAACCACAAGAGAAACUCCUGGAAAUGGCUCUUACAGCAACCCUGCUGUAAAGCAGAGGAUGUUCCCAAGAGUCCAAGCUGGAAAUCCUGCAGAGGCAACCAGCACAACCACAGCUAACCAAGGAGGCAAUUUCCGUGAAGCAGGCGCAGCAAACAAGGCUUGUGUUCCUGAGCGGGACUAUGAUGACGACAAUGUAAGUGGCUGCUCUAGUAGAGAUUCAUGCUGCUCAUUUCUAGUGCACUGUUGUGCCUUUCACAGUUCCGGAUUAUUCUUAUUAUUACAGCUACUUCAAUUCCUUUCUGUACUGUUUUUCAGCACAAAAGUCCCUGCAGCGGGAAAAAACCUAUUACAACAAAAUAUACAAUAGAGUAAAAUAAGUUGCCAUAAAUCAAUCAGUAGGUAAAACAAUAUAAGAUAGCAAAGCCACAACAUGGGGGGGGGAGAAAGACUUCACAAGCUAGAAGAAUUAAGGGUGCUCUCACCCAUCUACCCACCCUAAAUAUUUGCCCAUUGAUUCAGUUUAUUUUGUAAACUGCUUAGAAACUAUCUCCCCUUUCCCCCCAAGCUGCAACAUCCCAUCUCCUUGAGCUGUUUAGCUAUUGCUGGAACCUGAGUGAUGGCUACAAGAACUACAAUAUCUUCUCACUUUUUCCACUGUUGCUUGGACAUUUGCUUUUCAUGCAAUGAGUCAAAGAAAAAAGCCAGAGGGUUAGCAGCUCUUGCUCUGGAAGCCUUGAAUGGUUGACAGCAUUUGUAACUGGGAACUGAACUCUAAUGGGAAACUCAACACCCAGCUUCCUUAGAGCACUGAUCCCCUGGACAGAUUCCUGCCUUGCCUUGCCUUGCCUCUAAUAUUGGCUCUUGCCGUGGGACACCUAGUGAAUUUGGAUAACUAGUGUUGAACAUUGCAGUUCAGGUAACAGGGGAGAUAAUCUUAAUAACACAAUUAUAGCAAUAAAAGUGAUACUUAAUGAAGUAUUUGUGGCUUGCUAGCACAGAACGAACUUUUAGCUUUUAAAUGGUAGAGGUGUGACUAGUGGAAGGAGACAGAACAAGCAUGUUUUGUAAUAUAUAUGGCUAGGCAACAGAACUCUUGUGACUGCAUCUAUACCUGUUAAAUUAUUUUCCUUUUUUUUUUUUUUUUACAUUGUUUAAUAGAAUCCCUGGCUUGAAAUGUCAUCAAGAGACAGAUUCUGAGUCCAGCCAUAAGAGACUGUGGAUGUUUGUGAAUGUGAGCAUUACUUUGUGACACUGCUGCUUGGUAAUUAGAGUGCUCACAAUACAGAAGAAGAAUCCUGUUAAUCACUUCUGAAGGAUCGACAUGCCACCUAAAUGGCACUAGCUCUAGUCUCAGUCCAGAGAAAGGCUGAUUCGUUUCUUCUUGUCUUUUUUUAAAGGAUUUUUUUAGUAUUGUUUUCAACAAAUAUUACCUGUAUCUCUGCCUUAGAAACUAGGUGAACAGUCCCAGGCAACACAAGUCAGUGACAUGACCUCUGUAAUGUACCAUUAAUCCUUUUAACUCGGUAUAUAUCUCCAGCAGCCUGCUUAAGCACAACGCCCCCCUUUUAAAAUUAUUUUGUAAAUAAAUAUAGUUGCAAUACCCUGUGUUGUCAUUGCUACCUCUCUUGGGUAAACAUGCUACACAGUGGUUUUUCAUUGGUCAGUGCUAACCUCCCCCAAAGUAGGGAAGGUGUUCAUGACCAAGCCAAGCCUAUCAGUGUGUGUGGGUGAACUGUCUCCAAUAAAGAUCCCAAGAGUAGUAUUACCAGUUCCCCAAAGCAGUGGCGUAGCAUGGGUUGUCAGCACCCGGGGCAAGGCAAGUAAUUUGCGCCCCCUAACCCGUGGAUUUGCGCACCCUAACCCUAACCCCCAGAUGUUGCGCCCGGUGCGGCCGGCCCCCCCUGCACCCCCCACGCUACGCCACUGCCCCAAAGUUAGCUGUUAACUCUGGAAUCUACACAGCACAGUGUGUGUACUUGUACCUGCCUCGAUCAGUUGCUGAUGGUUUGUAGGCAGAUAUCACUGGCCCCUAGAAGCCUGGCUCCAACAGGGCCUGAAUGACAACAUGUUCUUGGCCUGCUCAUGUCUUUGUAGAUUACUUGAUUAUUCUUAAUUAUGACGCACAGAUGUAAUCAAGUGUCAGUCAUGCUUUCCCUAAGAAACUGUUUAAAGUUGUUUACUUGCUAUAAGUGUUUAAAUAAAAGCAUGUAAUACGUGACCACAGUUAUUUUAUGUCAAGUUGUUCUUAUCCAAAAAAUGCCGAAAUUGCUUUGCAAAAAUUAUGAACAGUCCACAAGAUGGUGCUGUGUCAUUAACUAUAACUCUAGUUAACAAACUUGAGUUCCAGUGUUCCUGAAACUUUUGGUGCAAGGAUACCAUUUUCUCAUGGAAUAAACAUAGCUUCUUAUGAUGCACAGCCCCCAAAACAGACCCUCCAAGUGUCCCUCUUUUCCAGGGACGGUCCGGGAUUUACAGAAGCCAUCCUGGUUUCUGAUUUGAGCCCGGAAUUUCCCGCUUUUCCUUAGUUCGUCCCUAUUUUCAUCGGAGAAAUGUUGACAGAUAUGGAAUGGAAUGUACCUGUUUUCAUCAGAGAAGUGUUGGAGGGUAUAGCUACAAGAGUCUUACUUUUGCUACCCAUAUAUCCAAAUCACCGCACCUGAAAUCAUGCCCAUAAUGAGUUCACUUUUACUAUGGCUGCUGAGUUGUCUUCCUCUGCUCUGUUUUGAAAGUGAACUUUUUGAUCCUAUAUUUGUAUUGCAUUAAUAGUAUUUCCUGUAUCUUAUUUAUUUAUAAGUAUGAAUUAUUCUUGUUCUUCUUUUUACCUUUGAGCUACCUGGAGACCUUCUGUUGUAGUGUGGCCAACCAAUAAAUAAAUAUUUAAAUACUG